AUGCUAUCUCGACAAUUCCUCUUUGUUCCACGUCUUUCUCGCAGCCUGGCAACUCACGCAGGUUCGCUGUCAUCGUUGCCUGCUUCGUUGCACCUCAAGUCGGGCCAGUCCUUCCAUGGCCGAUCCUUCGGUGCUCCAAAAAGUAUCUUUGGUGAAACUGUCUUUUCGACAUCCAUUACAUCUUACACAGAAUCAAUGACUGACCCUUCUUACCGGGGCCAAAUAUUGGUGUUCACUACGCCGCUGAUCGGCAAUUACGGUGUCCCCUCGAAUGCUGCACCAUUCAACUCUGAAGAAGUUGGGGUGGUGUUAGAAUCCAAGGGCAUUCAGUGCGCUGGCAUAAUUGUGGGCGAUCUCGCAGAGAGGUACUCCCACUACAAGGCCACGGAGUCACUUUCAGCCUGGUGUCAUAGGCACGGCGUUCCUGGCAUUACUGGGGUGGAUACUCGUGCUAUUACUACCCUCCUUCGUGAUCAGGGCACUACCCUUGGUCGUAUUGCAGUGGACGCAGAAGUAUCCCUCCCGCCUCCCCAAGCCGAAGAGUACUGGGAUCCGUCCGAAGAAAACCUAGUCGACCAAGUAUCGACCAAAUUACCAUUCCAGCUGAACCCUACGGGCGAUGUCCGAAUCGCCGUCCUCGAUUUCGGCGCCAAAGCCAACAUUCUGCGCGCGCUCGUUCGCCGAGGAGCGGCGGUAACGGUCCUGCCAUGGAACUUCGAUUUCAAUGCUGUUCGUGAUCAAUUCGAUGGGCUUUUCUUGACGAAUGGUCCCGGUGACCCUAGGCAUUGUAUGGACGCAGCUGUGAAGCUUCGACAGACUAUCGAUGAGUGGCAGAAGCCCAUCUUCGGCAUCUGCAUGGGUCAUCAAGUUAUUGGGAUGGCCGCGGGUUUGGACGCGUAUCGCAUGACCUUUGGGAAUCGUGGCCAUAAUCAGCCUGUCCUUGCGCUCGCUUCUGCCGGAUCUAUCACAGCGGGACGCGUCUAUGUGACCAGCCAAAACCAUCAAUACGCGCUCAAACUCCAAGAUCCUUUCCCUCAAGGCUGGGAACCCUUCUUCAUCAAUUGUAACGACUCUUCGGUCGAGGGCAUCAAAUCUACAUCCGACUCGGGUAAGAAGGUUUGGGGCGUGCAGUUCCAUCCUGAGAGUGCCGGUGGACCUCUUGAUACGAUCGAGAUGUUUACGGAUUUCCUUGCUGAGUGUCGUGCACACAAGGUGUCAGAGGGCGAUUCGCAUGUAUACACAGCUCCACUGCCACCUUCUGCCCGCUCGAGCGCUGCGGCGAUCUAG